AUGGCUUCGGGUUCUGCUACAAGUGCAGAGAAAACCGUACCUGUAGAUGAACUUGAACCGGUUGCCAUAUCUGAUUUCUGUAACAAUGUUGCAGUGCACCUUCUCCUCUCUUCAGUGUUCAAGAUUGCUCCACCAUCAGGACGCCUCAAACUGAACAUUGAUGGGGCUUGGAACGGGGAACGCAAUAUGGCAGGCUUUGGUGCCAUUGUUCGUGACGGAAUAGGGAAUUUUGUGGCAGCUAAAUGUGGUGGGGAAGACGAUGUUUUCUCUCAUCUCCAAGCAGAAGCGAUGGCCUUAAGGGCAAGUUUGUCUUGGGCAGUUGACUGGGGAUUUCAAUAUAUGUUAUUUGAAUGCGAUUCACUUCAAAUUGUCGAGGCAUCGUGCGAUCUUUCUCUAAAUUUGUUGUCGAUUGGCCAAAUUGUGGAAGAUAUCAAGGUGCUUCUCUAUUCAAUUACUGAAGGUAAAAUUACCCACACUCAACGUCAAGCAAACUCGAUUGCCCAUUGCCUUGCAUGA